AGUAGAUGCAAAUAAACAUGCGUAGACGAUCGGCAUGGCAUAUCAUAUUUGAGGAAAUGAGAAGUGCUAUUCCUAAGGCAUGCCCCACCAGAGUAGCAUGAACAUACAAUUUUGCUCAUGAAAGUGGACCUGGUCUGAUAUUACUGGCGGAUUUGGAUGAAAAGCGCCACUGGUACCCAAGAGCCUCUGACUCACACAGAGAUUCAUCACUCUCAAGAAGAGAUUGAGUGGAAGAGAGAUGGGAGACUGGAGCAGAAACCUGGGGACUCUCAGUGAAGAUGCUCUCAGCAGGCUGGGUGAGAUAUUGGACAACUGCACCCGUGGAUGGAGACAACUGGCAAACAUUGCGAAUGAGCAUCCUCAAUUCCGCUGCAGUGAGAAUGAGCUUACAAGCUGCUCAGUACAGGUGCUGAGCCCUACUGGAAGCCCAGCUCGCUACCUCUUGGCCAGGCUGGCUGACCGCUCCUGUUCCCUGGCCUUCCUGCUCAGCUGUCUGAAGAAGAUGGACAACCAGCAUGCGGUCCAGUACCUGACUGCCACGGUGAUGGAAAACAUUCAUAUCACCGUCCAGCCUCAGUCUCAGCAGGCUUUAGAAGGGGGCAGGGUGGUCCUCGCCUGUAGGGCAGCCGGUCCAGCGGGCCUCAGCUACCAGUGGUUCAGAGGAAAAGAACAGAUACUGGGGGGGUCUGGGAGUGCAGCUGACCUGGUCCUCUCCCCUCUGGGCCCAGUCCACCAGGGCCACUAUAUCUGUAGAGUGAACCAUGGGGACACCUGCAUCUUCUCACAGUGGGCUCACAUUCAAUUGAGUCGCUCUGAAUUCUCAAGUCCAGGCUGCAGCAGUACUCUUUUCCCGGGGUCGAAGAGUGGGCUGUGUAUCACCCGUCAGCCCCAGUCCCAGACCGUGACCGAGGGGGACUCUCUGUUCCUGGAGUGCCUCGUGGAGGCCAACCCGCCGGCCCAGUUUCACUGGCACCAUAACAUGAAUGCCAUGCAGCAGCAGAAGAGCAGUGUGCUCAGGAUCCCUGCAGUGACCACAACAGACAGAGGUCAAUACAGCUGUAAAGUGUACAACCUAUUCCAUGAGACUUGGAGCAACCCAGUCCAAAUUCACAUCGGACCAAGCUCUUUGUCUGAUGGUUCCUGGACUGAAGUUGACACAGCGCCUCCCCCCAGACAUAUUAGGCCCAAAGAAAGUCUUUAUGCCACAGACAAAGUUGCUCUCUUGAUUGGCAAUAUGAACUACAGUCACCACAUCCAGCUCUCUGCACCCAUGGCUGAUGUUCAUGAAUUGGCCAACCUGCUCAGGCAACUGGACUUCAAGGUGGUUUCCCUGCUGGACCUCAACUGGCAGGAGAUGAACAGUGCGGUCACCGAGUUCCUCUUGCUGCUUGACAAGGGGGUCUACGGCCUGCUGUACUUUGCUGGUCAUGGUUAUGAGAACUAUGGCAACAGCUUCAUGGUUCCCAUCGACGCCCCAGCCUCGUACACCUCUGAUCAUUGCCUGUGUGUGCAGAGUGUCCUUCAGAGGAUGCAAGAGAGAGAGACCGGACUCAAUGUCUUUCUGUUGGAUAUGUGUCGCAAAAGAAAUCCAAAUGAUGAUGUGAUCCCACAUUCGGGGCCGUUGAAGGUGACAGCAAAUAUUGUGUUUGGUUAUGCUACGUGUGUCGAUGCAGAAGCAUACGAAGUGAAAGAAGACGAACUCAAUAACGGCAUCUUCAUAAGUUUCCUCAAGCAGCGUGUCUGUGAAGACGAGAAGGUCACUGUGAUGCUAGACAGAGUGGCAGAAGAUAUGGGCCGGUGUGAGCUGAUGCGAGGCAUACAGGCCCUGGAGCUCCGGAGUAACCUCUCAGAGCGCCGUGCUCUCACAGACCUCAUCCAGAGCACGGAGAGCCCCACAGACCACUCAGCACGCAACCUCCAGUGGGCCAUCGCACACGUUCUGCCAAAAAGUCGCACGCUGCACUUUGAGUGUGGAGUCCAGGUGCAGAUUGGAUUCGCUGCAGAAUUUUCCAACAUCAUGAUCAUCUACACACGGAUCUUGGAGAAACCUAAGGAAAUCAUGUCCUGUUCUGCUGAGCUCAUUGAUUUCCCAGAGGAGGGUGUGGACCUCGAUCUAAAGAAGAGUAAUCAGGAGAGCGUUUUGGAAGCCGGAAGUUUACUUCCAAUCAUGGAAAUUCUGCCUCCAGCGCAGAGCCCAGGACUGUACACACGCCUGAAGAGCCUACAGAGACUCAAGAAAGAGCUCACGUUUACCGUGUGUCUUCAUUACCGCUACUCAAACAUGGACGACGAGGAGGUCCAGGACAUGCAAAGGGUCACAGUGGGCAAACCACUGGUGUCCAAACUGAACCUCCACGAACCUCGCAAGCCUAGGUCCUCCUCUUCAGACCGUCCCUCCGUCAACGCUCCAGAGACUUCCAUGUAUGCAGAGGACCUUGGCCAAGACUUUUCAGCCUCGGAGACGUCUUCUAUCGGCUCAGCGUUGACGACCUCCUAUUAUUCACAGACGACCCGGGAGCAGCCGAGGUCAUACUCCUCAGCCACUCAGAGAGUCAAUAUACCAGAGGAGAAUGCUGAGCUGAUGGAGUGUGCCCCACAACCUCUUAUCGCCAGUCAAAGCUUGACCCAAAGUCACUUAACUCAAGAUCCGUGCAGCUUUAAUGAUAAAAACAACUUCCAUACUUAUUAAAGCACUUUG